UACAGGAUCGGCGAAAAUUGGAUCAGAUAGAAUUCUUUCCGGUGCUAUAGCUAGAGACAGAGUGGGAGAGAGAGAGAGAUGGGUGUGACGAAAGGGGACGUAGAAGCCGCCCUCACUUCAUCUCUCAGCCCUUCUCACCUCCAAGUAAUCGAUACAUCAGGCGGGUGUGGUGCGAGCUUCGAUGUGGAGGUAGUAUCGGAGAAAUUCGAGGGGAAGAGGCUUCUGGAGCGUCACCGGUUAGUGAACGCGGCGCUGGCGGAGCAGAUGCCGCAUAUCCACGCCCUCUCCAUCAAGAAAGCCCUCGUGCCCUCACAGUGGAAACCCCAGCCCGAGAACGAAGAACCUGCGAAGAAUUGAGAGGUCAUGUUCUUUAUGUGGAUCAUCUCAUUUUAUCUUCUUGAUAAACUUUAAUUUCACUAAACCCUAAUCUUCUGGUUUAUGCUUUGUUUGAAGAACCAUAAAUGAACCUUUUUUUAGAUAAAUUCAAACAUAUAUGUUUUGAUGGUGUAAAAAUGCCAGCUUCUAUGGUUUUGAUCA